ACUUGUAGGAAAUCCUCUUUACAUUCAGAGGUAACUGGAUUGGAAGGAGGAACUGGCCAGAGAAUAGGAGGAAAGCAAUUCUGUUGCUCCUCCUCCUGUUUAUCACUUGCUUCUUGACCUUCUUCCAAAGCCAUCUCAGCUGUGCCAAGGUAGCCACAGAACAUCCUGACAAGUUCCAGGCUCUGCUUAGUUGCCCUGUACAUCUCAGGUCACCCCAUUAUCUGGUCACCAUCCCUGGCCAUUGGGACCACUUCUGAUGGCUGUGGACUCCGCUGCCCCAGGGAGCAUCUUCUGUAAGCAGCUCCUUUUCUCUCUCCUGGUUCUGGAAUUAUUUUGUGAUGCUUGUGAGAAAGUUUCUCUUCAUGUUCCCGCUCAUCUUCAGGCUCAAACGCUUGUAGGCAAAGUGAAUCUGGAGGAGUGUCUCAGGUUGCCCAGCCUAAUCCAGUCCAGCGACCCAGCCUUUAGAAUUCUAGAAGAUGGUUCCAUUUACACAACACAUGACCUGCUUUUGUCUUCUGAAAGGAAGAGUUUUUCUGUUUUACUCUCUGACAGUCAGACGCAGGAACAAAAAGAGAUAGAAAUUGUACUGUCAGCAAAAGAAAAAAAGGCUCCUAGGAAGAGACAUAUCAAGGACUCCAUCCUCAAGCGCAGUAAGAGAAGAUGGGCUCCUAUUCCAUGUUCUCUGAUGGAAAACUCAUUAGGUCCAUUUCCACAGCACGUUCAGCAGAUCCAGUCAGAUGCUGCUCAGAAUUACACCAUCUUUUACUCCAUAAGUGGACCAGGAGUGGACAAAGAGCCCUUCAAUUUGUUCUACAUAGAGAAAGACACUGGGGAUAUUUAUUGCACAAGAAGCAUUGACCGUGAGCAGUACGAUCAGUUUUUGGUCUAUGGCUAUGCAACAACUGCAGAUGGCUACGCACCUGAUUAUCCACUCCCCUUGUUAUUCAAAGUCGAAGAUGACAACGAUAAUGCUCCAUAUUUCGAAAACAAAUUGACUGUUUUCAGUGUUCCUGAAAAUUGCCGAUCUGGAACUUCAGUGGGACAAGUGACAGCCAUAGACAAUGAUGAGCCUGGAACUCUACAUACUCGUCUGAAAUUCAAAAUCCUACAGCAAAUGCCAGAUCAUCCAAAGCACUUCAACAUACAUCCAGAUACAGGUGUGAUUACUACAACCACACCUUUACUGGAUAGAGAGAAAUGUGAUACUUACCAGUUAGUAAUGGAAGUGCGAGACAUGGGUGGGCAGCCUUUUGGUUUAUUCACUACUGGAACAGUUACCAUUUCACUUGAGGAUGAAAACGACAACCCACCAUAUUUCACAGAAACUUCCUAUUCUACGGAAGUAGAAGAAAACAGAAUCGAUGUUGAAGUUUUGCGAAUGAAGGUGCAAGACCAAGAUUUGCCAAAUACCCCUCACUCGAAGGCUGUAUACACAAUCCUACAGGGAAAUGAAAAUGGAAACUUCAAAAUUACCACAGAUCCAAAUACAAAUGAAGGAGUUCUGUGUGUUGUCAAGCCAUUGAACUAUGAACUCAAUCACCAAAUUGUUUUGCAAGUUGGCGUACUUAAUGAAGCACAAUUCUCUAAAGCAGCAAACUCACAAACUCCUACAAUGUGCACUACAACUGUCACUGUGAAAGUUAAAGACAACGAUGAGGGCCCUGAAUGCCAGCCUCCUGUGAAAGUUAUUCAGAGCCAAGAUGGCCUCCCAGUUGGCCAACGACUUCUUGGAUACAAAGCACUGGACCCAGACACGCGUGAUGGCGUUGGCUUAAGGUAUCGGAAGUUGGGAGAUGAAGAUAACUGGUUUGAAAUAGACGAACAAAGUGGAGACUUGAGAACUGUAAAAGUACUAGAUAGAGAAUCAAAAUUUGUAAGGAACAACCAGUACAAUGUUUCAGUAGUGGCAACAGAUGCAGUUGGCCGGUCUUGCACUGGCACAUUAAUGGUUCUUUUGGAAGAUUCUAAUGAUCACCCACCACAAAUUGACAAAGAAGUGACAAUUUGUCAGCAUGAGAAGGAUUAUGCUGUUCUGGAACCUGUAGAUCCAGAUGGGCCUGAUAAUGGUCCACCUUUUCAAUUCCUUCUGGAUAAUUCUGCCUCCAAAGUUUGGGCUUUAGAACCACAGGACGGUAAAAGUGCCAUUCUUCGUCCACUGAAAAAUAUGAAUUAUAACUACUAUUCUGUGCCUAUCCAAAUACAAGACAGACAUGGUGUUUCUGCAAAACAUGUGCUAUCAGUGAGAAUAUGUGACUGCACAGUUCCAUCUGAAUGUAGAAUGAGUGUGAGGGAUGUGAAACCAUCCAAUGUGAUACUUGGAAAAUGGGCUAUUCUUGCCAUGGUGUUGGGUUCUGCGCUGUUACUAUGUAUUUUGUUUACAUGUUUUUGUGUUACUGUUAAGAAAACAGUAAAGAAAUGUUUCCCAGAGGAUGUAGCCCAACAAAAUUUAAUUGUAUCAAAUACCGAAGGACCUGGAGAAGAAGUGAUGGAAGCAAAUAUCAGGAUCCCCACACAGACAUCCAACAUUUGUGACACAACCAUGUCUGUUGGUACUCUUGGUGGCCAAGGAGUCAAAACACAGCAAAGUUUUGAAAUGGUUAAAGGAGGCUACACUUUGGAUUCCAACAAAGGAGGUGGCCACCACACCUUGGAGUCCAGCAAAGUAGCAGGACAGGGUGUAACAGACACUGGCAGAUACAUGUACUCAGACUGGCACAGUUUCACCCAACCUCGGCUUGGCGAAAAGGUAUAUCUGUGUGGGCAAGACGAGGAACAUAAACAUUCUGAAGACUACGUUCGUUCCUACAACUAUGAAGGCAAAGGCUCUAUGGCUGGCUCCGUUGGCUGCUGCAGUGAUAGGCAAGAAGAAGAAGGGCUGGAGUUUCUAGAUCAUCUGGAACCCAAAUUUAGGACACUGGCAAAGACAUGUGUGAAGAAAUAA